AUGAUCCAGGCUCACUGCAGCCGCCUGUGUGCCGAAGGCUGUUUCUGUAACACCGGGUACCUGCGCAGCGGGGCUAGCUGCGUUCCAGAGAAGCAGUGCGGCUGCGUGCGCAACGGGCUGCACUACCCGGCUGGGGACCGGGUCUGGCUCUCUGGUUGCCAGGAAAGGUGCAGCUGUGACGGCCACUUCAAUUUUAAUUGCGCCCCCGCCAGCUGUAACCCCGGCCAGCAGUGUGCGGUGAAGGACGGGAGGCUGGGCUGCCAGAGCCAGCUGAGCACCUGCACGGUGACAGGGGACCCUCAUUACUUCACCUUCGAUGGGGCUGUGGCCCAUUUCCAGGGCACGUGCGCCUACGAGAUCUCACACACCUGCAACUCCUCCCUCGACUUCUCCUUCCGGGUGGUGGCUGAAAACAGGCACUGCAGGAAUCGUCGAGUCUCCUUCGUCUCCCGGGUGGACGUCUGGCUCGAGGGAGGCGACCAGAACGCUCACGUUGUCCUAGGGGACAGCAAGGCUGCUGAGGUUAACGGGGCAAGGGUGAGCCUGCCGCAUGCCCUGGGCCCUCUGGGCAGCGUGUCCAGGAUCAGAAACCUGGUGACCAUACAGACCCCAGCCAAUGUGGAGAUCCAGUUCAACGGCCGCCACACGCUGUUCGUCCGUGUGGGCCCGGAGUACCGGGGGCAGCUGUGCGGGAUGUGUGGGAACUUCAAUGACAUCCGCAGGGACGAUAAAGUCCUGCCCAGUGGGGAGACAGCCCGGAGUGACGCAGAGUUCGGGAAUGCCUGGAAGGCUGAGCCCAGCCCGGCCAGGUGUGUGGAUGACACCGACUCCCUCGAGCCCUGCAGUGACCCCCUGGAGUUUGAAGAGCUCUGCGGGACCCUGACUAGUCAAUCGGGACCGUUUGCCGAGUGCCACUGGCACGUGGACCCUGCCCCAUUUUACUCCUCCUGCCUGUACGACAUGUGCCACUACGGGGCGGCCAAUGGGAUGCUGUGCACGGCCAUUGCCUCCUACGAAGAGCUGUGCAGCCUUCAGGGGAUACGCGCUGGCGCCUGGAGAUCGUCUGUGCAGUGCCCUGUGCGUGACCCGUGUGUCGGUCUGGCCUGCGGGGAGGACGAAUGGUGCGGCGAGCAGGCAGGGAGAUGGGGCUGUUACUGCUACAAAGCUUCUGAGCCCAUCCAAGUGGCUGACUAUGACUAUCAGUUGGCCUGCAGUGGUGGUAACAGCUCAGUGUCCCUGUCCCGCUGUCUGCUCUUCACCGACGGCUUCCCCGCCGAGGCCUUGCACCUGGCUGACCCCAGCUGCACCGGUAGCCUCGUCAGGGGCAGACUCGUCUUCUACUUCGACAGCACACGGCAGAGCUGCGGGACCACGGUGACGGUCAACGCCACCCACGCCACUUACUCCAACCAGGUUCAGGGCCGGGUGGGCACCAGCUAUGGAGGGGUCAUCAGCCGGGACAGGCUCCUCUUCUUGCACUUCUCCUGCGCCCAGCCACUGAGCAUCAACCUGUCCAUCCCAAUGGCCAUCCAGCCCAUACAGGAUGUCGUUAACACAACCCUCCCCUCCGGCCAAGGGAGCUACCUGACCAGCAUUGUCCUGUACCAAGACCCCCAAUACAGCAAACCCUUCACCCAGAGCCCCAUCCCACUCACUGUCAACCACAGAGCCUAUGUGGGCAUCCGGGUUUCGGGGCUGGACCCCAGCCACUUCGUGCUGACCUUGUCAUCGUGCUGGGCCACUCCGGAGCGAGACCCCUCCUCCAGCAUCCGAUGGGAUCUCAUCACCAGCCAGUGCCCCAGCCUGCGAGACGGCACAGUGACGAUCGAGGAGGACGGCGUCUCCACCAUCAGCCGCUUCUCCUUCAACAUCUUCCGGUUCAUCCCAGACUUGGAACUGGUGUAUCUGCACUGCCGUGUCCGGCUCUGCAGCCCCCAAGUGGCCACGUGCACCGUGCACUGCGCCAGGCCGGGCUCUGCUGUGCGGGGCAGGAAGCCUCCGUCGGGGGUCGUGUCUGCUGGCCCUUUCCUGAAGUACGACGAAGCUGCCAACCAAGGUCUGCAGCUGGCCAGCGGGAGCCCUCACUCACCCACCUGCUCCCCGCUGCUCCUGCUGCUGCUCAGCACCUCCUGCCUGCUCCUUGCUGAAGCCCCCUGA